CUCUCUCAAUACAACUCGUCUGGCCAUCUCUCUAAAAUUCUCAUUCAAUUUCCUUCUGCCUCUCUCUCCAUCUCUCUCUUUCUCCCUCUUAAAUUCUCUUUGUUGGAUCGUUUCAAGGGUUUUGUAGAAGAGUAAAACCAGGCCAUAGAAAAUUUUGAGUGAGUCCGUUUGGUCACGGAAUUUGAAUUGGGUGUAAGAGACUUUUCUUAGUUGUAUCUGGGUUUUGUUCCAAGUUUGUUUGGUUGAAGAGAAAAUGGCACAACGGUCGCAUGUACCAAAGUUUGGUAACUGGGAAAACGAAGAUAAUGUUCCAUACACAGCCUAUUUUGACAAGGCUCGUAAGGGUCGUACUGGGGGGGGUAAGAUGAUUAAUCCAAAUGACCCUGAAGAGAACUCAGAUGCUGAUACUUCUCUUACUAAAGGAAAAACUGAUGCUGGUAAACCAGUAGAGCAACCUGUUCCAGUGAGAGCAGCUCAUGAAAGGCAUAGAAGCAAGGAGGAUAACGAGUUAAGGCAGUUCUCAAACUCUCCAGGACCUCACAACAACACCGGUCGUAGGGGCAGCAAUGACUUAUCAAAUCAACGUCAAGGUGGUGGUGGUGGUGGUGGCAUUGGCCGUGGAGCAGUUUCUGGUGACAACCAUAGAAGACCUGGAAGACCAAGUGGUGGAUCCGAACAAAGUAUUGAAAAGUCACCCCUUCAUCGCCAAGCAAGGGCCACAGGAAGAGAUUCACCAUCUUGGGAAGGAAAGAAUUCUUAUGAUGGUAGCCAUGGUACUCCUGGAAGAUCUAGAUUGAGACCUCGCAGCGAAGAUAAUCCUGAUCAUGGCGCUGCUGUUCCGAAAUUCGGGGAGUGGGAUGAAACCAACCCUGCAUCAGCUGAUGGUUUUACUCACAUAUUUAACAAAGUUCGGGAAGAGAGGCAGACUGGGGCAGGCAGAGUUGGCACACCUGAGCCAUCUUACGCCAAUCGGAAGCCAGAUCCUAAUGAUUCUGCCAAGGGCUGCUGCUUUGGAUUCUUCAGAAAGUAGUAUCUGUAAUUUUUCCUGGCUGGUUGUUAUAAGGUGAAAAUGACACCAAUGUGUAUAUAUAAAAUAUAUCUUUGAAGGCUCAAUCUCCCAGAGGAGUAACUUCUAUGGAGUCUCAUUCAGAUUCUCAAAGUGUGCUGGUUUUGUAUUAUGGAAACAUUCAAUUCUGAUUUGGAUACAUGUCCUCCCUUUCUCUUCUUCUUCUUCUUCUUCUUCACCUGUAGCUGGUUUUGCUGUGUUUACUAUUUUGGUUAAGUUUUUUUUUUUUUUGGCUUAUUAUAUUUGAAUGGAAAAGACCAGGCUAAUAGAUUCUUUUAAUUUAUUAUAAAUAUAUGGCCAUUAUCAUUGGUCUGCCUUAGUCUUA